GUGAAGUGAAGUGAACCUGAAAACAUUACUCUAUAAAAAUGUUCACUUUUACCGUUCGUAUUCAUUUUAGCGCUAGUGUAUAGACCGGACUGAAUACUAAGUAUUGCGUGUUAAACCCUAGAAAGAACAACACAAUAACAGAUCAUUGCUCAGCUGUAAAGCCUAAAUUUUCCUGCCUUAUCAGUUGUUUUGUUGCUUUUGGUUUUGUGCUGAGAUUUAUAUUGCUUGUCUGCAUUAUUUGAAGGCUUUGAGAUAUUUGCUGUCAAUUUUUAUUUUUUUUGCUGGUAGUUGGAUGUUUGCUACAAACUGGAAUGUUUUUGUAGUAUCACAUUAAAGUAUUUGCGUACAAUAUGAUGCAGGAAGAUUCUAAUGGUGAAUCCACUUUUGAAUUUGUUGAAAAGAAAUUUGAAGGAAUGUCUACUUCGGGCGAUGAUGUAACGAAAUCAGAAGGGCUAGCAAGCAAUGCCUCGGUGGGUACAACGUCAUUGAUGGCGGCUGCAGCCUCCAUCACUACUUCUGCGGGCAACCUUCUCUCGAACGUGGCGCCUCCGUCAGCUCUCCCCAGUUUCCUUUCUGGCGAACGCGAGGCGGCAACCAAGGACUCUGCCCCGCCCGUCCCCAAGGAUCCAGCUGCAGAGACUCACGUAUUUCACCAGACGACAUUCAGUCCGGUGAUCCCCGCGAGCAAGAGCUCGGGCGCCGCGUCCCCGGCCUCGCCGCAGGGCCCGCCGGCUGGCCCCCCCUCGCCCCCCGCCGGCGAGCAGUCGGGCGGCCUGAUUGGCUGGGUGAAGGGGGCGGUAGGCACCGGCGGAGGCCUCCUGUCCCGGGUCGCCGAGAAGGCCAAGAGCUCCGUCGACUCCAUGAUCACCACGCUCGACCCCCAGAUGAAGGAGUUCAUAUAUUCUGGUGGUGAUAUAAGUGUCGUCGUAGCUUCUGACAAGGAAAUAAAAAUCAGCCCAGUGAGAGAAGCAUUCCAAGCUGUUUUUGGAAAAGCAACAGUUUCGGGCGUCGCGGCGCAGUCAUCGAGCGUCGCCGCCCAGCCCGUGGGGUUCGAGGCGGGCCUGAAGGCGGCCGAGGAGAGGGUCGCGAUCGCCAGGGCGGGUGGCAAGCUGCACCCCCGCCAGCCCGUCGUCGCCAUCGAGAACUUCAUCGUCGAGGUGGCAAAAGACAAGUGGUUCGACGCGGGGGCGCUCCUGCUCUGCGACCCCGGGCGCGACGUCAGCCUGCACGUGUUCACGCAGCUGACGCCGGUGCCCUCGAGCAUCGUGGAGCUGGCCCAGGAGGACACUCCCGGGGACUACCCCCUGCGGUCGUCGGGCCUGGCGGUGCCCGUGGGCAGCCUGAUGGCCGGCAACCUGCUGGUUCACCACUCAGAGUGGCACCAUGCCCUGACGGGGGUGUCGAGACGAGAGAUGCUACUGGUGGCUGCCAAAGCCCUCGCAGGGUUGUACAAAACGAGCAUUGGCAGCAUCGUGUGACGAGGAUUAUGAACCCAAACCCCCCUCCCAUCUCGUUUGCAGUGUGUUUGUACGAAAUGUAUUUAUUUAUAUACUCGGGACCUUCGUAACCGUGUCUCAGGCCUGCGUGAGUGGGCUUUGCUUUUGUUGGGAGAACGUGUUCGUGCACAGAUUCGUGAAGAUAGCAAGCAGCUUCUAGCCGAGUUGUUAUUGUGAAUAUUUAAUAUUAUUUGAAGGGAUUACUAUUCUAGUAUCAUUAUAAUUUUGAGUACCUACCUUAUUAAUAUCUUAAAUUUAUCAUAUUUCCUAAAAAUAUUUGUAUUUUUUUUUUCCAGUGAAUCUAUAUUUAAUUUUUUGUUUUAUUUUUGUACCUAUACAUAUUUUAAUGUGGUUAACUACGUAAGAAUCUGUAGUAAUUUUUUUUUAAAAUCUCUAUUGUACUUAUUUAAAAGUACAGGUGUGCUCACCUAGGAACAUGCUUGCCUUUUUAAAACAUACACAACAUAUAUAUCACAUUUUCUUGUUAAUUGAACUUGAAACAUGGUUUUGUCUGUCACUGUAUGUUAUGCAAGAUUUUUUCUAAUUUCAAUGUUAGUCGGUACAUACAUCUGCACUUAUGGGAUAGCAUUGUAACCAUAACAAUGCCGUAUGUGAAAAAUAUUACCAUCUCAUUACUAAAUAGUGUUUCAUAUUCUUAAUUGUGCUUGAACCAGGAAAAAGUUAACUCAAUAUUUUUGAUGUAAAGACUGAGUUUUUGUAUAACUAUUCAGUUAAUCAGGCAGCCAACUUCAUCAUAUCAAUUAUCAUGGCUUUAUGAGAAUGUUCUGUAUAUGUAUGUAAGAUAGUUUUUUCUAUACUUUUGAAGCAGCUAGGUUUAACUGUGCAUGGCAGUUAAUAUGGACACAGAAUUGGUGUUCACAUGAUCUGUACAAUAAUAAACAUGAUUACAUACAAUUACGUAAUGGCGUAGCUGACAUGUCAGAAGCACUAAUGUGUUUUUUUAUAUUUCUCAUUGAAAGUAAUUUGUAUUUUCUAUGUUUAUAGAAAAUUAUUAUUCAAAGAAACAUGGGAUGCUGGGGUUAAAAAUCCUAUUACUGUUGUUAGUUGUCAUUACUUAAUACAUACCUGCAAAAUUAUGAUGGUUUCCUGGUGCCAGGUGUAUGCCUGAUGAAUUAUAUCAUUUGUCUCGUUUUCAUUGGCUGUUGCAAUCUAUUCUGCAGUUUGGUAAUAGUGUGUAUUUUGCAUGUUCGUAGCUAAUACUGAGAUCUUGAACUAAUCAAACUGCAUUUUGUUGUAAGUUGAUAUAUAAUUUAUUUUAUUCCCAUUAACCAUUGUGUGUUGUCUAUAUUAUUGUACUGCCUCAGAACUUAUUAAUUGUUCAUUCACCAACACUUAUUAUAAUUAGUUACAUUUUUAUUUUUAAAAAAAAAAUAUUAUUAAGAAUAUUUUAUAGUUGUAAUAAUAACCAAGUUGAAUCCUUAAUCAUCACAUUUAUAUUUCCAUUUUUCUCCAUAACACACUCUCUCUACAUCCUUAAACAAAAAACGGCAAUACAACCUCAAAACAAAACACUCUCAAAUUCCAGACCAUGUUCCGACAAACAACACUUCCUCCUCCGUACCAACCCAUAAACAUAAAAACAUCACAGAAUAGAACCCAUGGAAGAUGUUUUAUCAGUGUACUUUUUGUUACAUCUCAUUAACCCAGUUGGGAUGUACUUUUCUAUAUACAGUAUCUCCCUUCCUCUUGGAUUCUGCUGUUGCAUUGGCCGCCAUCUUGAAUUUAAGAGGGAAUUGGGUUUUGUCAAAUAACUCUGCCAUUUCAAGUUGUAGGAAUUUUAUUUCUCUACAACUUUACUGUAAGAUAAAUAUUUUAAAUAAAAUGUGAAACAAGUGGCAAAGUAUAGUUAUUGCAUUCUGAUUUAUUGUUAAUUGGGCAUAAACAAACAUUAAAAAACUUGUAGUGAAUUAAAUCCUGGACAGUUUUGGUUUUAAUCCUUUUUUUAUCCUUAUUUUUAUAGAUUUUUUUUGUAAUGUACUCACUAAUUGUAUUUUCAAAGAAAAUAGCCUCCUGUGUGUACACAUAAUUAAUAUUUAUGGGUUGAAAAGUUCUAUAUCUAAUAUCUAUAUUAAUUAUGGGAAAUUUUUUUGUAGUUAAUAAUUUGAAUGUUAAUUUUUUUAAAUAAAUUAUUCUGGAAUUGCUUCAUGUAUACAUAUUCUACAUAUUUUCCCGUGAUCAUUUUAAAUGAUUGUUUCCAUACAUAGGUACCUUCAAAUACAACUUCUAUCAUUUCAGCUAACUUUUUUUAUAAAUGUUUAUUACUCUGUAUAGUGUUUAUUUUUUGGGACUCCAAAUCGUAUCCAAAUCACCACAUCUAUGCUAAAAGAAGUUAAAUAAAAAUGUAAAUGAUGUAAAAAAUGUUAAAAAUAAACUUUUGGAUUCAA